AUGAUUCAUUCAACUGAUAAGGUGAUUCUGUUUUGUAUGCAUGCUCUCCUUUAUUUAUGUAGCAGUGAAGGAAAAAUAAAUAAGCAAGAAAUUGUGUCCGUGUCGGCGGUGCUAACAUUCGGAGACUCCUUCGUUGAUCAAGGGAAUAAUAACUAUAUCCCAGCUAUAGGAAAGGCUAACUAUCUCCCAUAUGCAAAAGAUUUUAUGGGUGGAAAACCAACCGGAAGGUUCUCCAAUGGGAAGACACUAGCUGACUUUUAUGGUUUGGAAAAUACAAAUAGUGGUUGCUGUGGAACUGGAUUGGUAGAGGUGGUUUACUUAUGCAACAAAUUCGGUCGAACAUGCCCAGAUGACUCUAAAUUCCUCUUUUGGGAUAGUAUCCACCUAUCAGAGAUCGGAUGCAACAUCUUUGCUAAUGAGAGUCUACCAGGUUUGGUGGAUAGUUUGCUCUAG